AUGGCUUCGGGAGGAUCAUACCCUUCCCCGACCCAAGGACAGAUGUCCAGCGGCGCCGGCAUCUAUCUCGGUCAAAAUGGCAACCAAGCGCCUCAGCAGGAUAUUCCCAGUGAGUUGUCGCUAGUAGCUGAGCUUCAGCGGGUAACAGCACCGAUGAUGGUCAGCGGUCCGCCGCAAGCCCAUGGAUUGCCUACAAACCAUCAUGAGCAACAAGUGCAUACGCCAGUGCAGCAGCAUGACACACCGCCUGAGGAUCUUGCGCACAGCGUGAUGGCGCUGCAGCAGGAACAAGUGUACGGACAGCAGGACGACUUUUCAGAUCCGAACUCUAGUUCAGCCCGAAAGCGGUCAAAGGUGUCACGUGCGUGCGAUGAGUGCCGCAGGAAGAAGAUUCGAUGCGACGCGACCAGCGAGAAUGGACCAGAAGCUUGCACAAGCUGCAAACGUACCGGCGCAGUCUGCCAAUUCAGCAGACAACCCAUGAAACGAGGUCCUAGCAAAGGGUACAUCAAAGAGCUCGCUGAGCGCGUCGCUCGAAUCGAGGCUAUUGAGAGGCAGCAGCAGGCCCAAGCUGGCUUUGACCCUGGCCAGCAGGCCGAUCUGCAGUUUAUGCAUGGCCUGUCUGAGCAGUCUCUGUCUGGACUAGCUGGCUACUCACCCCCUCCCGCUCCGUUCAUGUCCUCGCGAAAGCGUUCAUUCUCGACGGCUGAGGAUUUACGCGAUCUCACCGGCUUCACCCGCCAAGAAUCUGCUCAUUUCUUACCGCCGCAAGAUCCUCCGCAGCGCCAGAUGCAUUACGAUGACACGACCCUGGGUGCAGUUGAGUGGGAUGAAAGCAUGGUUGAUGAAUGCUAUCGUGUGAUCCACUCGAGCAUACGGCUUCUACCUGAUGAUAGCAAUCUGCUCCGAUCUAUGUUGGCGCAUUGCCAAUCGAGACAACUUCGAGAUCUAUUCCUCAUCGCAGUCGAAUGCUCAGUCCGCUCAAGUCCAUUUUCAAAUUUCCCGGCCGACCACGAUCUCAUGCCGCGCAUUAUCAAUGCAUCGCUAUCGUUGGAGAGAUGCAAGUAUGAUGAUUCCGGACGUUGGUCUACGUCUACCUACGUGCUGUACGUUCAAACGUGCGUACUACUGGCUUUGGCCUCGGACAACCUAGGACCCGCGGCUACUCGAGGGGCAAGUAUGGAUAUGCAGAUGAACUGUCUCUCUAAAGCUGUUGCAAUGAUGUACAAAGGCGGGUUCAAUGCGGUAGAAAACCGGGACACUCUCUUCGGCGCAAACGCGGACCCAGCCCGACCGCUUGCCAGGCGCGUCUUCUGGGUUGUUUAUAUCUUACAGAGGUUCUACGCCAUAAGCACCGCCUCGCCGGUGACGGUAGCGAACAACACCGUCCUUCUCAUGGCAGAAGACCGCAAGAUUCUAGGAGAUGAGCUCUACCUUACAGCAAGCCUCCUCUCGGUCGCAGAGCCAAUCUCAGUGUUAUUAGCCCGAUCGAAAUCCGCAUGGACAGAUUCGGCGGAUGUCUUGUCAUCAUUGAACCCAGACUCCAGCCUCAUCGUCCAGAACGCAGCCGGCCAGCUUGACCGCAUCCGCGAGAUAUCCGCCCUUGUAAACAUCGAGGCCUCCUCCCGAAGUCUUAUGAACAUGGUCCACCGUCAUCUACGGCUCAUGUUCACCCGACUUCACAGCGGCGCGACGCCACAGUCGUGCCUCAGCCAGACUCUGCGUAUCAUCAGCUUGAUACGCGAGUCGCCUCUAGCCUCGCCGCUCUACGACCACCACAUCGCCGCACUGAGCGCACUCACGCUUGGCGAGCUGCUAACCCAGCCCGACACCAAAGACGGCGCUCAGCGCGGCCUCACUGACCUGGACGACUUCCUCAACCACCGCUCCUCAGGCCGCUUCCCCGGCUGGGACGGCGUCGUGCACGAGUACAUCACCAAGAAAAAAGCGUCCACUCUCGGCAUCACUUCGCCCAGUAUGAACUCGAGCACCAUGCUCCAACAGCUUGCGGAUGUAGCGGCCGGCAGGGAGGGCGUCGGUGAGCGUCCGACUAGCAGUGGUAUGGGGCUGGGAGAACCGUUUGACGGUAAGUCGGUCGAUGCAAACGACUCGGAUGAGCGCGUCGCGACUGCUGCACGCCAGGCUGCUGCUGCUGUGGCUAUGAUGGGCUCGGCGCCGUGGGACGCGAGCGCUGCGCUGAAGGCGGGGUACUUGAACGUCGUUGCGGGAGAGGUAUAG